GGUCUCACAGAGGCAAAUAGACAGCAGAGAGGACAGGUGGAGACCAUUUUACCGUUGGCUCCUCUUAAAACAGAAAGUCAGAGAGAGAAGCUCAGCAUACACUUGAGGCUCAUUGACAAGGACGGCUCUCUUUGUGUUUUGGGAGCUCAAGGAACUUUUUAGUUGGAGAGGCCAUUUCACACAGAGUACAUUUUUCUCAGAAUUCCACUCAGAGUUCAUAAACACUGUGAGUGAGGAGAAGAGGUGCGACUCACUCGGCGAAAGAGCUCUACAGAGUUACACUGACAGAGAGCGGGUGAGUGACUAACGGACUCACGCGACGCGACGAACAAACAAACGGACGAACAAACGAAAAGAGAGUUAACUAGCGGCCCUGAGCAGACGGCAGAAUGUGCUGCACGGGGAAGUGUGCCCGGCUGAUCGGCCUCACGCUGCUGCCGUCGGCCUUCGUCUGCAUGAUCGCCAACCUGCUGCUGUUUUUCCCCAACGCCGAGAGCCUGGACAACGGGAACAUCUCACUGCAGGUGUGGCUCAUGGGAGGCCUCAUCGGAGGAGGGCUUUUCAUGCUGUGUCCCAGCUGUUCAGCCAUCAGGGCUGGAGGGAAGGGCUGCUGUGGGGCAGGUUGCUGUGGAAACCGUUGUCGGAUGCUGAACUCGGUCUUCUCCUCCGCGUUCGGUAUGAUCGGUGCCAUCUACUGCACGAGUGUGUCCUCUGCAGGCCUGGCCAUCGGGCCCAAGUGUGACACCACUGGAGCCGGAGAUUGGAGCUAUCCCUUCGAGAACCUCCCCAGCGGAGAGCAAGGCUACCUGUUCAACGAGACGAUGUGGUCUGUGUGUGUGGCUCCGCUCAACAUGGUGAAGUGGCACGUGGUGCUGUUCGCCAUCCUGCUCUGCAUGGGCCUGCUGCAGAUGGUGCUCUGCGGCAUCCAGGUCGUCAACGGCUGCAUCGGAUGCUUCUGCGGAGACUGCCGCAGCAAAGAUGACGAUGACGAGAGCGGCCUGUGAAACUCUGUGCAGUUUUCACACGAAGGAAUACUGUAGUUUCAUCUUCAGCACUGUAACAACACUCAGGACUCGUCAGCACAACAGAACACUGUACUCACCCUUACUGUACAACAUGUACUACCCUGUCACACACACACACACACACACACACAUACAUUUACAUUAAACACAGACACAUGAGUCCACCCACCCACACCCACACACACAGACGUGCACACACGUGUAUGUUUUGUAAAGAAUUGAUGGAACAUGGGACCACCAUGGACUCUUUAGAACAAUCAUUCAUUAAGAAAAUGUUGUGACUCAGUUCCCAAACUGAUGGAUGAUUACAAGGAUGCCCUGUGACACUCUUGGCCUAAUCUACCUAUCUCAACACACACACACACACACACACACACACACACACACACACACACACACACACACACACACACACACACACACACACACACACACACACACACACACAUACACACACACACACACACACACACACACACACACACACACACACACACACACACACACACACACACACACACACCUAGGAUGCCUAAUCUCAAGCUAAAAAAUACAGUUUCAGAGCUGAUGUGUGAGCCUAUGAAGGAAUGAAAAAACAAACGCUGCUUUCUCAUCCCUGAUGCUAUGCAUCUCUUCCCUUUUGAAACAUUACUUUAGAGUUAUAAUGAACUGUUGAGGCAUUUUAUUUGUAAUUGUUUUUUUUCCUUUAUCAUUGCGAAUCUCUUCAAUAAACAUUUUUAUACAAA